UUUUUCUUUUUUUUUUUUUUCUACAAUUCUUUUUGGAAUUGAACACCACCACUUAUAAAAUGAAGCUAUUCAUACUUGACGGUCGUCCCAUUUAUUUAUGUAAACCCCUAUAAUUACUAUUAGCGCCGAGAACAAUUAUUAUAUAUUUAGGCAUCACAUAACUACAUUAAUAUCAUGCACUCUUAUCGUUCUAUCAUGCUUAAGGGGUUACCAGGGUGACCAGGGUUACUUAGUUACGCAUAAUUUCCGUUUCCACCUUCACCUUCUCCACUCAUCUUCAAUUCUCCAACUGGCCCAGACUUAACCAGACUUAUUAAUUAACACUUAACACUUUCUCAACACACACAUGCGUGCACUGUACACACAACACAGCCUGUCUUGAACGCACGCGACCGAUCAUUUUGCUUAUCCUCUUUAUCAAUUGAUUUGACUCAAACUUCCAAAAUGUCUUCCUUCAAGGGCUCACAACCCCCCGAUCUAUUCGACCAGACCACACUCGUCUCACUCGCGUCCACGCUCGCCAUCCUCGGGGCCGCCUACCUCCUAUCCCUCCAGGCUCUCGACCAAAAGACGUCCAACAGCCAUCGCUUCCUCUUCAUAUGGCACGCCUUCGAUGCCCUGAUCCACUUCAUUCUCGAGGGCAGCUUCCUCUACCACUGCUUCUUCUCUUACAUGCCGCUCUCCAACGUGUCCAAUCCGCUGGCCCUUGCGCCCACCGCGCAUAACUUUUUGGGUUACAACAAUCGCGCUUACGGCCCCCAGGCUGGUGGUAACAAUCCGUUCGCGCAGCUAUGGAUGGUGUAUGCGAAGGCUGACAGGCGAUGGGCCGGGGCUGACCUGUCCGUCAUCAGCCUCGAGCUCCUCACCGUCUUCGUCGCCGGCCCUCUCGCCUGCUACAUCUGCUACGGGCUCGCGAAGAAGGACCCGCGCACCAACAUCCUGAUGAUCGUCGUCGCAACCAUGGAGCUCUACGGCGGCUUCAUCACCUUCUGCCCGGAGUGGCUGACCAUGAACUACCACCUCAACGCGAGCAACUUCAUGUACAAGUGGGUCUACCUCGUCUUCUUCAACAUGCUCUGGGUCGUCAUCCCCGCCUACGCCGUCUACGUCGCCGUGCUCGACAUCAACGACGCGCUGGCCGUGCGGACGCGCUUGGCCGCCGCCGUCAAGACGACGGGGAGCAGCAGCCGGAAGACCCGGUGAAUCCCAGUGGUGCCGCAUAGACGGCUGGGCUUGGAUUUGGUCAACCCGGUGACGCUGUUCACUAAGGGCUUACGCAUGAGCAAACGAGCUAUGGGCAAUGCAAUGGAUAGGUAGUUUGAUGUUGAUGAUGAAGACAAGAUCGAGGCAAUAUUGAUUGAUUGAUCCUCCGGUUGCGGUGCGUUACGUGUAUCGGUAUGUAGAUGUGUGUUUAUCUACACGUUACAAAUAUGAUACCCAUCUUACCUUCUACGUAGUAUUUAGAGACGUGUUUAUGAAAUAUAGAUUUGGUUUCGAUAAUGA